CGCCAGCAGCGCGGGAUGGCGGCGUCUGUGGCGGCAGGCGCGGGCAGCCCCGGGUCCGGGGAUGGGCCCGCGGGUGCCGACAAGCGUGGGCCCGGGGGGCCCGCAGGGGCGGCCUCGGCCGCGUCCGGAGGGCCCUCGGCGCCAGGGCCCGCCGCCUCGUCCGCGGCCUCCGCCGCCUCGUCCGCCGCAGCCUCGUCGUCAGCCGGGGCACCUUCGGGGCCCGCCGCCGCCGCCUCCUCGGCUUCGGGCGCCUCCGGGCCCGCCGCCGCCGCCUCGGGCGCCGCCUCGGGCGGAGGGCCGAGUGAGGCAGCCGAGCUGCUGGAGCACUGCGGCGUGUGCCGCGAGCGGCUGCGGCCCGAAAGGGAGCCGCGAUUGCUGCCCUGCCUGCACUCGGUAUGCGGUCAGUGCCUGCUACUCGGGCCCGCCUCCGCGCCUGGCGCCGCCGCCGGCACCACCGCCGGGCCCGCCGCCGCCAACAACGGGGGCGAUGGCGCGGUAGUGGACUGCCCCGUGUGCAAACAGCAGUGCUUCGCCAAGGACAUCGUGGAAAACUACUUCAUGCGGGACAGCGGCGCCAAGACGGCCCCGGACCCCAAGGAUGCCAACCAGUGCUGCACCAGCUGUGAGGAUAACGCCCCAGCCACCAGCUACUGCGUGGAGUGCUCGGAGCCCCUGUGUGAGACCUGCGUGGAGGCCCACCAGCGGGUCAAGUACACCAAGGACCACACGGUCCGCUCCACAGGCCCCGCCAAGUCCCGCGACGGUGAACGCACUGUCUACUGCUCGGUCCACAAGCACGAGCCCCUGGUGCUGUUCUGCGAGAGCUGCGAUACUCUCACCUGUCGGGACUGCCAGCUCAAUGCCCACAAGGACCAUCAGUACCAGUUCCUGGAGGAUGCAGUCAGAAACCAGAGGAAGGUCCUGGCCUCCUUGGUCAAACGCCUGGGGGACAAGCACGCCACCCUGCAGAAGAACACCAAGGAAGUGCGCACCUCCAUUCGCCAAGUGACAGAUGUGCAGAAGCGGGUGCAGGUGGACGUGAAGAUGGCCAUCCUGCAGAUUAUGAAGGAGCUCAACAAGCGGGGCCGCGUGCUGGUCAACGACGCCCAGAAGGUGACGGAGGGUCAGCAGGAGCGGCUGGAGCGCCAGCACUGGACGAUGACCAAGAUUCAGCGGCAUCAGGAGCACAUCCUGCGCUUCGCUUCCUGGGCCCUGGAGAGUGACAACAACACUGCCCUGCUGCUGUCCAAGAAGCUGAUUUACUUCCAGCUGCACCGAGCUCUCAAGAUGAUCGUGGACCCUGUGGAGCCUCAGGGCGACAUGAAGUUCCAGUGGGACCUCAACGCCUGGACCAAAAGCGCCGAGGCCUUCGGCAAGAUUGUUUCUGAGAGAAGUGGUCCUGGUUCCAUGGCCCCGCCCCGGGCCCCUGGAAAGCCUGGAGGGAAUCAGGCCAUGGACCUGCAGGAGGGCUAUGGGAGUUAUGGCCCAGAUGACCCCUACAGCGCGGAACCCAACGUGUCCGGAAUGAAAAGGUCCCGGUCCGGUGAGGGGGAGGUGAGCGGCCUCAUGCGGAAGGUGCCCAGGGUGAGCCUGGAACGCCUCGAUCUGGACCUGACUGCGGACAGCCAGCCCCCCGUCUUCAAAGUCUUCCCGGGGACCACUAAUGAGGACUAUAACCUCAUUGUCAUCGAGAGGGGGGGCCAGCCUGGGGCCCCAGGGGGUCCUCCUAUGCCUCCCAUGGCCAUGGUCAAGGAGGAAGAGACAGAAGCUGCCAUUGGAGCCCCCCCUGGGGUGGAGGGGCUGGAAACAAAACCACUGCUGCUGCCUCCCCUGGAGGCCUCGGGCCCUGAAGGCCCCCACCUGGCCUCCCCCAGCGGCAGUACCAGCUCUGGCCUGGAAGUGUUGGGAGGCUCCGAGGCGGCCGCGGCGGCCACCGCAGCCUCCGGGGGUCCCGGGGCUGUGGAUGACAGCGCCACUGUCUGCCGUGUCUGCCAGAAGCCGGGUGACCUGGUGAUGUGUAGCCAGUGCGAAUUCUGCUUCCAUUUGGAGUGUCACCUGCCUGCCCUGCAGGAGGUGCCAGGGGAGGAGUGGAGCUGUUCCCUCUGCCAGGAAGUGGUGGACUGUAAAGACGAGGUCCCUCUUCCCGGCCCCGAGAGCGUGGCCUUGACCCCCGAUGGGGACACCUGCCCUGCCAAGCUGUCGCCCACUAACCAGCAGAAAUGCGAGCGUGUGCUGCUGGCCCUGCUCUGCCACGAGCCAUGCCGCCCCCUGCACCGACUGGCAACAGACCCCACGCCCUCGGCGGAGCAGCCUGGGACCCUGGACCUCACUCUGAUCCGGGCACGCCUCCAGGAGAAGCUGUCGCCCCCCUACAGCUCCCCCCAGGAGUUUGCCCAGGAUGUGGGCCGCAUGUUCAAGCAAUUCAAUAAGCUUACAGAGGACAAAGCUGACGUGCAGUCCAUCAUCGGGCUCCAGCGCUUCUUUGAGACUCGCAUGAACGAGGCUUUCGGGGACACCAAGUUCUCGGCUAUUCUGGUGGAGCCCCUUCCUCCGCCCAUCCCAGGCCCCGGCCUGGCACCUCCAGAGCUGGUGGGGGGCCCCAGUGACGGUAACUGAGCCCCCGCCUGCUCCCAGAACGGCUCCGGCGUCCCCUCACUCAUUCCCUCCUUCACCUGUUGGCCCCUCUGUCCCCCCUCCCAGAUACGGUUUUUACUUCUUGAUUAAAUAAAAACGUAACCCAGGAGACAAGGUCCCACAAGUCACACAGACCCAGAGCGAGUGGGGUGUCCUGGGGGUCCCCAAUAUGGGGCUGGCUGGUGGGCAUGGCUGCCUUCUGGGCCCCUCCCCUGCGAGGGGUGCAGCCUGGCUGGGGAGAGCGCAGGAGGCCUUGGGUGGUGGGCCCCUCCCCCUCCCCCUUAGACUAGACCGACUUUCCUCUUAGGGCCCCCCAACCCCCCCAGGUCUGACUUCCCUAGAAGUCGGGUUGGUUUUUCCUGACAAUCUCUCCCUGGAGAAGCUAGGGAUUGGAAGGGGCUUUGGGGGGCUACCCUUUCGGGGGGUCCAGGGGCUGCCUUUAUUUUUCUUGUCAUCUGCUUCUUGUACUGAGCUUGGAGUUCACCGACAUACCCAAUAAACUUGCCAGCCAUGCCUCUCCCCA